AUCUCCAAGAUCUAUGAAUUCAUCACUUUCGUCUUCUUCACCUUAUUUUCUCCGUAAUUCCUAUAAUUCCAACACUGUAAAAACAUGAGGCCGUGUACUCGCCUCCUAGCCGUGGCGACGGACGCAGGUUCCUCGCGCCCCUUCAGACCAGCGCCCAUGGCUCUCCUGCCGCCAAUUCCCCUCUACCGCCGUCUAUUACGCUCUCAUCGAAAGAGGCUGGGUGUUGAGGAACGAAUGCUGGGUGACAUGUACAUCAAAGCUGAAUUCCGCGCGCAUAGGGAUGUAGAGAAUCCCGUUCAAAUCAUUGGGUUUCUCACAGAGUGGCAGCUGUACGCACAGAUGCUCGAGGGUGAUUCUUGGAGAGGAGACAAGAUGGAUAAGGCUAAGAUUGAUAAAAUGAGCGGUAUGUUUUCACUUGAUGUUUUCUGCUUGACGGUGUGUUUAUGGGAGUACAGAUCAGCAGAUUGGCCAGCUGUACGAGCUCAUGCAGCAAAUCAAGAAACAAGACCAGCAAGAUGCAUCUGACGAUGCCGAGUCGGCGAUCUCCCUCGACGACAAGUCGAAGCCAGGGCAGUGAUUGCGCGCUCGUGAAUGUCUGGCCUGCCUUAUUCUUCAUUACUCAGGGGGCAAACGAUGUGGACUUCACGGUGCGAAACUUCAAUCCGUGAACGACGGCCUUUGAUGCUUCACAUGUUUGUGGGGAGUGUAUUAU